CGGAGGAUACAAUUGAUUCAUCGCUUGAAAUACCACUAGCGGAGGAUACAAUUGAUUCAUCGCUUGAAACAUCACUAACGGAGGAUACAAUUAAUUCAUCGCUUGAAAUAUCACUAAUGGAAGAUACAAUUAAUUCAUCGCUUGAAACAUCACUAACGGAGGAUACAAUUAAUUCAUCGCUUGAAACAUCACUAACAGAGGAUACAAUUAAUUCAUCGCUUGAAACAUCACUAACGGACGAUACAAUUAAUUCAUCGCUUGAAACAUCACUAACGGACGAUACAAUUAAUUCAUCACUUGAAAUACCACUAACGGAGGACGAAAAGAUUAAUAUAAAAUACUGUCAAGAAAAAAUAUGUAAAUUCUUAUUUCCAUAUCAGCAACCAGAACAAGAGACUCGCGCCAAUAUUCAUACUCGCGCUUACAUACGAUUAGCACGAUCUUUAAAUCGUACAUUAGUCCUACCAAAUGUUGGAGGUUCGAAAGUCAGAGCGUGUUCUUUAUAUCCAUUCGAUUUUUAUUAUAAUAUUGAUGCACUUCGAAAACAGUAUCCAGAUAUUCGGUUUAUAACACAACCCAAAUUUUUUGAAUGGACAAAAGAAAGAAAAGUCCGACCAAUUGCACAACAUUCGUGGAUGUUCAGAGACUUUGGAAAUCAAAACAUUAUAAAAGUUGAAGAAGGUGUUGAAUUUGGGCAUCAAAAAAAAAAAUCUCUUUGCAUAGAUCAAUUUAACCUAAACAUUACAAAUUACAAAGUAAUUCAUCCAGGGAUUAAAAAAAAAUUAAACAAAGAAGUAAUGUUAAAAUUUGUUACAGACACCUUAAAAACACCACCGAUGACAGGAGAAUAUGAAGUAAUAAUGAUAUUAAACAAGUUACCUAGAGAAACGUUUCCAAGUAGCAAUAAAGUAAUUCCGUAUUCACCAUAUAUCAUUAAAGAAUCUAAGAAAAUUAUAAAUAAAUUAAAGCCAUAUAUAGCUAUUCAUUGGAGAAUGGAGAGCGGACAACCACCAUUGAUUCCAAAAUGUGCCAAGAACUUAAUUAAGACG